AUGGGCGAUUCUGCACAGAUGGAUGCAAGGGUCUUAAGGGAUUGCGUUCUGGUCACGGUCGUAGAAGAUGCUAAGUACAUAGUAACAAGAAACAAGCAACAGGCACACCCAAAAGCAACAAGCAACCGAAGUAAGCAACGAGCAACAGGCAACAAGCAACAGAAACAAGCAACAGAUACAAGCACAAGCAACAAGCACAAGCAACAGCAACAGGCAACAGCAAAAAGCAACAGCAACAAGCAACAGCAACAAGCAACAGCAACAAGCAACAGCAACAAGCAACAGCAACAAGCAACAGCAACAAGCAACAGCAACAAGCAACAGGAACACACAACAGGAACAGGAAACAGCAACAGCAACAAGCAACAGCAACAGGCAGAAAACAACAAUCAACAAGCAACCGGCAACCAGUAA